UUGUAGUAAGAGGCUGCGGACAGAGGAGGGGAAGCUCACCAACGAAUGCACUACGCGCCGCUACUCCCUGGACGCGGCUUGCCAGCACCCAUGCAGUGAAAGAAAGGGAGAAAAAAAAAACUUCUGUUUUAGCUCAUUUUAUGGUGUCUAAAUUGAAGAUGGCGCCGUCGGGCUCGGGCAGUAUCAAAAGAAGCUGUCAGAGAGUUUUAUAUUGGAUCCCGGUCGUUUUUAUUACCAUCAUAGUGGCUUGGUCCUACUACGCCUAUGUUGUUCAGCUCUGCAUAGAGUCUGUUGAAAACAUCGGGGAAAAAAUUGUAUAUCUCCUGGCGUAUCAUCUCUUUUUCUUCAUGUUCACAUGGGCCUACUGGCAAACUAUUUUUACUAAGCCUAUGAACCCUCUGAAGGAGUUCCACCUGCCAUAUGCUGACAAAGAACUGCUGGAAAGAGAAGAUCGGGGAGAAUCACAGCAAGAGAUCCUAAGAAGAAUAGCCAAGGAUUUACCCAUUUAUACCCGGACCAUGUCUGGAGCUAUCCGUUAUUGUGAUCGCUGUCAGCUGGUGAAGCCCGAUCGAUGUCAUCAUUGCUCAGUCUGUGAUAAGUGCAUCUUAAAGAUGGAUCACCACUGUCCCUGGGUAAACAACUGUGUGGGCUUCUCCAACUACAAGUUUUUCAUGCUUUUUCUGUUAUAUUCUCUACUGUACUGCCUCUUCGUCGCUGCAACAGACUUGCAGUACUUCAUCAAAUUCUGGACUAACGGACUGCCUGAUACACAAGCUAAAUUCCACAUCAUGUUCCUGUUCUUUGCGGCCUCCAUGUUCUCUGUCAGCCUGUCCUCUCUGUUUGGGUACCACUGCUGGUUGGUCGGAAAGAACAGAUCCACUUUGGAGGCCUUCCGGGCUCCAGCCUUCCGCCAUGGAGCUGAUAAGAACGGCUUCAGCCUUGGUUUCAGCAAGAACUUCCGACAAGUAUUCGGUGAUGAGAAGAAAUACUGGCCCCUGCCAAUUUUCUCCAGUCAGGGUGAUGGCUGCUCCUUCCCAACCUGCCUUGUGAACCAGGACCCUGAGCAGCCAUCCACUCCUGCCGGAUACAACCCAUCAACCAAGAGUGCUGGAGAAACACACCAGUUCCCUGCCAAGCCUCUGAGAGAGUCGCAGAGCCGGCUGCUCAACAGUGGACAGUCCUGGAGCGAGGCUGAGGGAGCCGAUGACAAGGACAAGCGAGGUACAAGCAAUCCAGCAAUGACCAUAGAAAAUGAAACGUAAAUUGUAGGGGUAUUUCUACCUGGAAGUAAAGGAUUUCUGGUCCCUCUGUCUGUUUCUACAGAUGUGGCCUUUGCAGUCUGAUUCAGCCUAGAGGGUCCUUGCUUACCCACAGUCCAUGGUGUGCCUGUGUGGGUGUGCUGUCUUGGCAACAUCCCAUCAUCUAAUUAGCUUGCUUCAUCUCAUGGCUCGACACCGAAUCAGUGCAGUAGAUAGCUCCUUGGAAAGACAUGGAUUUAUUAUAUCCAUAAUGUUUGUUCCUAAAAACAUGGCUUCAAGUUAGAGAUUUGAGAUUCAAUGGAUCCUACAUGAUCAAGCUGAAAGAUCAAGCUGUGUUCCAGCGCAGAAACCAAACAGAGUUACGAGGACAAGUAGCAUUCCAAUUAUUCGUACUGUUUUUAACGUUUAUACGUGAAG